AACGAUACGGUUCGAUGUGCUUUGGCAGCCAACAACAACAACAACGAAUAGAGCCACCGAAGAUCAGACGACGCACUUCGUUGAGAUUCGACGACGGUGCUCUUGAAGAAGUGGACAGCGAACCACGACGAGCCGAGUUCAGCUGCCAGCAGCAAGAGUCUGUGUUCAGAGAGAUUGCCGAGAAUGAACAAAGGCAAGACGAGUUGACUAGAAGACGGGGUGAAACUGCGAAAGGUCGCUCCAAAACGGUAUCGUCAAUGUGGGAUGUAGAGAACUUAUCCGAGCUGUAUCCUGCUGUUGAUUUUUCGUCAUUGGUUAGCACCAGCAACACAAGUCCGAGCGCAUUGUUCGGCAAUUCAUUCUCCUCCUCCCCACCCACAACAACAUCAACUCCGAAAUCCACGAUGUCGGAUCUUCGACGCCUAGACGAUUUUUUGAACACUAGAAGACGACGAUGCCAGGCGAAACCAGGCGAGACACCUGAGCUGCCGUGUGACCUGAGGCUUGGCUUGAAGCUUCGUCUGGAGUCGCGAAAGCCGUUUCCGUGGAUGGUGACAACAGCACCGAAUCAACAAGCGCCUACACAAAGUGAAUUUGCACUUCAUAGGCUUUCUUAUGGCACUAGGAUAUCUGGCACUGGGAUUGUGAGAUGA